CCGCCGCGGUCUCUCCAACGCGACCGCUCACCCACCAGCCAAGUACGCGCUCACUACCUUCACCAUCUGAAAGAGGAGGAUUGCGGUAUGGAGAUUGCGUUGCAUACUUUACGAGAGCUGUGGAGCAACCGCUAACGCCAAUACUCUGCCAUCUUUUUAAGGCCGUCCGUCCUAACACGACUUCACCAUGGCAUCACCAGCUGUCCUGAGCCCACGGCCGAACCCGCCUGGCGCACCAUUCCAAGAUGCGACCAAGGCCAGAACUCUCGCGCUCCCAAGCCAUACGACCAAGCCCACAAGGUCACCGGCUAUACCACCGGCGGCCCCUAUGGCACGAGACGGCGGCAUGGAUCUCGCUGAGCAAAUGAACGACCGCGUUCGCAGCCAGUUCGUCAUGGGCAAGAAGCUAGGAGAGGGUACAUAUGCCGUUGUCUUCCAGGCUCACUAUGUCAAUAAUCCCAAGAAGCUCGUCGCCAUCAAAAAGAUCAAGCUCAACGCCGAGUACCCCAACGGAAUCGCCCCCGAUGCUCUUCGCGAAAUGCAGUUCCUCUUCGAGAUUGACCAUCCCAACGUCAUCAAACUACACGACGUCUUCUCAAGCAAGGACCAGAACUUGUCCUUUGUACUCGAACAUCUACCUCUAGGAGACUUGGAGCAGCUAUGGAAGAACAAGGAGAUUACAUAUACAAAGGCGGAUAUUAAAUCUUGGAUGAACAUGCUGUGUCAGGGAAUCUGGUUCUGCCACGAGAACUUUGUCCUACAUCGCGAUAUCAAGGGUAGCAACGCCCUGAUUGCCGCCGACGGGACGGUCAAGCUUGCUGAUUUCGGUCUUGCGCGGAGUUUUGCUGAUCCAGGAACCAAGAUGACUACCAUGGUCAUCACACGCAUGUAUCGUCCGUUAGAGCUGCUGUACGGUUGUUCGCAUUACGGUGGCACGGCCGACAUGUGGAGUAUCGGCGUCCUGAUGGCAGAACUGUGUAUUCGCAACUGGUUCCUCUAUUCCGACACAGAUAUUCAGCAAGUCGCCGUCAUCUGCGAGAAAUUUGGAACGCCCACCGAGGAGACAUGGCCAGGUGUCUCGUCUCUCCCGUACUACGUUGCGCCUGACAAACAAACUGGCCCACAAGGUUCCACAGCCUUCCGACAGACACGCCCUCGCGCUUGGUGGAAACAGCAAUUCUCCACCCUGGGAGACGAUGGAUGCGAUUUCAUCAGAGGCUUGUUGACCUUGGACCCGAUGAAAAGGUACACUGCCCGGAAAGCGCUAGAGGAUAAAUGGUGGACCAAUGCACCCCGGCCCACAAAGAAGGAGAACUUGCCAAAAGAAGGCGGUGGGGCAAAGGCCAUGGGCGAGGAUUUGAAGCGGAGGGGAGGAGAGACGCCUACCAAUGGUCGUGCGGACAAGGUAGCAAGAAAGCUUGACUUCGGCUCCAUGGGGUAGAUGCCCAUUCCGACAUCACCCGACAGCGGUUCGGUCUAGUGGAUCCCUUCGAUCUGGCAUGGGCGUUUGGGCGUUUGGAGCUCGGUUCAAGAGCACCUGCAUACGGGUAAGGCUUGCCGUUUCGUCUAGGCUAGCCAUGCUGCAUUUCCUGGAGUCUGGGGCCCGUAGAUAGCUUUUUUGUUCGGCGUAUCAGCCCCCGAAGUUCAAUGCACACACACAACACUGCAUGCUUCCACUACAUGUAAACUUCAAAUGAUCGGUUACUUCUCCGCGGUUCCACAAACAUAUGACUCAGGUCAAAAUUGUGCAUAGGUGGUGUCUUUGCCACGUACUAGUUACA